AAAAAAAGUUUUGAAACCCCACCCUCCUCACCGCCUGUAAGCAGCGACGUUGAAGUGGUUCGAGGACCUCACGAGUGAGCGCUGACCGAGGAAGAGGAAUGUAAUUAUAAGUUAUGAUGGAGUCGUUACGCUGUUUGGAUACCGACUGCAUCAGCAGAAGAACCGAACUGUACUGGGCCACGCGCUGAACUCCCACCGGGAACUAACGGGAUUAUUAUUUUUUUAACACCGUGUUUCUCACUGGAAAGUUAAGUCGAGCAGGUUUGGAGAAGUCUUCCUGUUACAAAGUUGGCGGUUUCUCAGUUUUUCCUCCUUCCUAUGCUACGAUAAAGCUCGUCACGGUAUUUUGCUCUUCAUAACACCGCGAGCAUGGAUACUCUAACGCAGUGGGAUGCGGGAUUUCCCGGCUGGGCACCGCAGUGUUGCGUUCAGGCGCAAAUAAUUCGGGUUUAAUACCAUGAACUGGUCAGCGCUGAAACUUGUCGUAAAACACUGGUUGUCUGGACUGAAUGCUCCUUUCCUGCUAUUCUUCUCCACUUCUCAGCGCUUCCUGCUUGUGGUGGCCACUGCACUUAAAGGCUAAAAAUACCUAAAAACUCAAAAUGGACAGCUCAGUGUUGUGGAAAUGUUGAUUAUGAGUUGCAGUAGCAACAGGGAGCUUUUUGGGCAAAUUUAGUCUUUUCCCUAGAAUUAACCCAAAAAAUCAGAGCUCAACAGGUGGAAGUUUUGGCUAACUCUGCCACAAUGAAGGGAUUCAAGAAUAACAACAUGCCGGGGAAAUGAUAUUGAGUUCAAGCUAUGUGUUGGGAAACCACACACUGUCUCACUGUGCUCUUCCUGAGACUUGUUUAUCCCCAAGAUGGAGAACUUUGAGUUUAAUGUCAAGACCAAUGGAAGACAACUGAUUUUCAGUUGUCUUUGAGUCCUCUUGCUGCCCGCUCCAGCUUUUGAACACAUUUCAUUGGUCCCUGAUGAGCCAACAAGAAAGACAGGAAAGGGAGCGAGGUGCAAUAAAGUACUCCUUUGUACUUUAUUUUCAGACCCCUGUGGGGCAGAAUCAGAUCCAAUCAAAACUUUUGCUUGAGGCUCCAUGGAGCCGCUGAAGAACAUAUUCAGUCGUGGCCCGCUAUCGAACUGGAAAAACUUGGAACAAUCGCAAAAAGGGAACUUCACAAACCCUAUGUGGACGGCCUUAUUUGACUAUGAGGCAUCCUGUAAAGAUGAGCUCACCUUGCAUAAAGGUGACCUGGUGGAGGUCCUCUCUCAGGACUCUGAGAUAUCAGGGGAUGAGGGCUGGUGGGCAGGUAAGGUUAACAACAAAGUGGGGAUCUUCCCAUCCAACUACGGCUCCUUCAAGCUAAGCGGAUACACAAAGCUUCCCAGCAGCGGAGUAGUCGGUGAGUUGGGCCCAGCAGUGGUGGGUGAAUUUGAACCCGAGGAUGUGGAUUUCCGCGAGCUGAGCUUGGAGGAGGUGAUUGGAGUUGGGGGCUUUGGGAAAGUGUAUCGCGGUACAUGGCGAGGCGGGCUAGUGGCAGUGAAGGCGGCCCGGCAAGACCCGGACGAGGACAUCAGUGUAACAGCACAGAAUGUGAGGCAGGAGGCCCGCUUGUUCGCCAUGCUCACCCACCCGAACAUCAUCGCCCUGAAGGGUGUCUGCCUGCAAGAGCCCAACCUUUGCCUCAUCAUGGAGUAUGCCUCAGGUGGGCCGCUGAGCCGGGCGCUGGCGGGACGUCGCAUCCCGCCGCACGUCCUGGUCAACUGGGCCGUGCAGAUAGCGAAGGGGAUGUUGUACCUGCACAGCGAGGCUAUCGUCCCUGUUAUCCAUCGGGAUCUCAAAUCCAACAACAUCCUCCUGGCUCAGCCCAUAGAGAAUGAAUGUAUGGAGGGUCUGACGCUGAAGAUCACAGACUUUGGCCUGGCCAGAGAGUGGCACAAGACCACGAAGAUGAGCACGGCUGGCACCUAUGCCUGGAUGGCCCCCGAGGUCAUCAAGUCCUCAACCUUCUCCAAGGGCAGUGAUGUCUGGAGCUAUGGCGUUCUGCUGUGGGAGCUGCUAACAGGAGAGGCGCCCUACAGAGGGAUUGAUGGACUGGCUGUCGCCUACGGAGUCGCCGUCAACAAGCUCACCCUGCCCAUCCCUUCCACGUGCCCAGAACCAUUCGCGCAGCUCAUGUCAGAGUGCUGGGACCAGGACCCUCAUCGAAGACCCAACUUUGGCUCCAUCCUGGCUCAGUUGACGGCCCUUGAGCAGCAGGUGAAGGAAGAGAUGCCACAAGACUCCUUCCACUCCCUGCAAGAGGACUGGAAACUAGAGAUUCAGGACAUGUUUGAUGAACUCAGGGCCAAAGAGAAGGAGCUGCGAUGUCGUGAGGAGGAGCUGAAGCGAGCGGCUCUGGAGCAGAAGUCCCACGAAGAGUUCCUGCGACAACGCGAGCAGCAGUUAGCCCAGUGGGAGCAGGAUGUGUUCGAGCGCGAGCUCAGCCUCCUCAUCCUCCACCUGAACCAAAACCAGGAGAAACCCAACGUCAAGAAGAGGAAGGGCACCUUCAAGAAGCACAAGCUCAAGAGCAAGAAUGGGGAGAAGAUCAGCAUGCCCCAAGAUUUUAUCCAUAAAAUUACCGUACAGGCAUCUCCAGGCUUGGAAAAGAGGCGAAACUCUCCUGAUUUGGGUUCAGGCUCUUCACCUUCCUUCGGUCCACGUUUUCGUGCAAUCCAACUCAGUCCCAGUGACAACAGCAGAACCUUUGGACUCAGCUCGGUCUGGCCCUUAGAGGCCCCAUCUCUCAAACAAGCCAACGGAGACUUGAGGUUAAGUCCCCACUGGAGGCCCCAGAGCCCAAAGAGUCCCAAAAGUCCUAAAGUUCUGCGCCUCAGUCCCCAGGAAAGCAGUCUGUCGAUGAGAGCCAAGCUCCUGGAAUCAGACAGCAAUGACAGCGGAGAGUUCAGGGAUGACUUUGAGGAGUACCGGCCCUCCACUCCAACCCCUGCUCAGAACGGCUCCUCGGUGAAGGACAGCCUGCGUCUUCCUCCCUCUGACUCGGGCAGCGAGGAUGGGAACAGCUCCCCGGCUGGCUCCCCCAUGCCUGAGAGGGGUUCUCUCAGUGGGAUCAUUAAGAACACACACCGGGCCUUGCUGGGAAGUGGUUCCCUCUUGGCCUCCAUAGGACUCGGCCGGUGUCUGGACAUUCCCCCCAGGGUACCCCCUCGAACUAAUCCCCCUUCUUUGGAGGACCGGAACUUCUCCGAACUUGAGAUUUCCCAUCCUAAGCCCUUAAUAUCAGACCCCCCAGUAGUGGACGACCUUAUUACUUUCUCCACCUCUGAACCGCUCCCCAGACCACUUUUGGAUUUAGCCCUGCAGUACCAAGAACUAAAACCUUUGCCCCUGACCCCGCCUCCGCCAAACCCGCGCGAGAGGGGACCCAGGACACCACAAACACCCCAGAGUCCACAGAGCCCCGGGACCUCAGUGCAACAGGAAAGGAACAGUCCAGGUGAAUGGACCAUCAGUUCCAAUUCCAGCAACGGGGAAGUCAGCUGUGAGUCCUGGGAAAACAGCUCAGAGAGGAGGAGGUCCAGCCACGGCCUCCACGCCUCCCAGCUAGCUUUGGAUUUGCCGUUAUGCCAAGACAUGCAGGACUCUGAAGACAAGGCUUCAGUACCCUACUCCCUCCACCCCAACCCCGCCCUCUGGAGUCCCAAAACCCGCCGGCUGGAGGUCAGCGUCAUCCCCCGCCCCCGCCCAUCUCCCAUCCGGCCCCGCAUCGACCCCUGGAGCUUCAUCUCAGCAGGCAGCAGGAAUUCGGCCGGCGGCCGCAGUCCAAUCCGCUCAGACAGUAACCCCUUAAGAUAUCAGCCCUCCCCCACCAACCCCUUUACCAACUGUGACCCUUUCCCUUCCCCGGACUGCGACCCCUUCGCCCUCAAGGCCGACCCCUCUGGCGGCUCGGACAUAUCCUCGCCCUUCGACCCUUUCUCAGCUCCCUUUCCCACUUCCCGCUCUGCCCCGUGCUCCACCAACGGCUCCCCCACGCUGCCCACAUUCCGCAUAGUGCCGAUUAACCCGGCUGAUUCCCCGCUUAUUGACCUGAGCUGGGCGGCCUGCAGCAAGCCCUUGGAUGUGACCAAAGAGAGAGCCCACCCCCGCAGAAUACAGGGACUCAAACCCUUUAAGUCCCCAACGCAACUCAGAGACGACCGUUUCUAAACCUUUCUUCCUUUUAACGGAUUUUAAGUUUUUAACCACAGGAAUACAGUCCAGGACCGUUUUCACUACUGUCUUUCAUCUCUGCCAGGAUUUGGGAUUUUCCUGAGGGACGUUGCCCCCAUGGGAGCACCAAUCAUGGCAGGUCUUAUUUAUACACCAGCCUGCUGCUUUAGAAAAAACAGAAAGCCAGUGAAAGGUGGUACAAUGAAUUGUGGGAUAGCUGCCUGUGAACCAAUAGCUGGUGCCCAUUUCAUUCUUCCUGUCUAUCUCUGCUACUCCUUCCCUUUGAAGGAGCAGAAUACAGAUCAGUAGUCCCAUCUCCAGAUUCUAUCAAAGCGCUCAUAUCACCCGCUUUCAUCUCCUCUUACCUUUGAAGCAUUGUGACAAUGCAGAGGUGGAUAAGGCGACUUGCACAGCCUCAUCUCCCUCUACCUCUCUGCAGACUGAAAGCAUUCAGGACAAUGGAAAAUUGGAGUGCCUUAUUUUUUUGUGAAGUGUUUUUAAUAUAUCUUCUCAAGGUUUCUUGAAUGGUUAAUCUGGUGCGUAGGUAAGACGCUAUGAAUUUGGCCUAAAUGUGCAAAUCAGCUUAAGUGUUGCUUUGUAAGAAAAUGCCUUCUGCGUGUGUGAGUGCAUGAAUGUCUAGACUUAUUGUUCAAGGAAAGCUUACUUUUUCCCCCCCAAACUGUGUCUGAAUAUUGCAUUAUGGGAGAAAAGCAGUCAGUGUGGACAUUCUAGGCCGCUCAUGAAAUUCAAGACAAAACCAUGACCUAGGCAUUCCCCUUGGAAGCGAGAUAACAUUCCAGUCACAUUCCCCAAGAAAUGCCAGGAAUUGGACGGAUUUGUUUGGCUGGCAGGCUCCACAGUGCAGGAAACGAGACGGGGGAGCCCUCUGCAGCCCCCUUCAUGUGCCAAAGAAUGCCUCUCUGACCAUGCGAGGGCUAGGACAAAGGAUCCUUCAUGUGGAGCCCGAGUAGGGUGUUGGGAUUUAUUUGUAGUGCAGCACAGAAGAGGUUUAGGACAACCAUGGAAAGUGUUUACCUUCCUGUGGUUCUAACCUUUUUUCCUCCCAAAUUACGGUUGUUUUCACAAGGACAGUUCAUCCAUCCAAUUAUUACUACAAAUAUGGCAAUACAUCAUCAUUUAUUAAUUGUUUUCUUCUCUAGAUGGAGCAGACACCCCACGCCAGACUUAUUGGAAUAGCUUUUGUUGUUUAGGUUAAAAAACAACAGUGUCUCAAGGAAUGUAUUUUUUUUUUUUUUUGCCCAAACUGGGAUGAAAUAUUCAGUAUUGUUCCAUGUGGGACUCAAACUUUUUUUUUUUUUUGGUGCAUAGAAUUAAUCUAAUUUACUAUGAUUCGGUGCUCCUUAAAGAGCUUCUGCUGCUAUAAAAUGGGCAACGUUGCCUUUUUAAACAACUGAGCACACCUCCCAUUAGGUCCCAAGUAUUGAAAGCAAACCAGCCUGAUGGAUUUUCUCACUCCAGGUCUUCAUCAUAGUUAUUUUAACAUACUUUCCGCUCCAGUUUGUCACUAUGAGGUUGCCAGGCAACUAGCUGAGGCUUUCCAUAGUCACUGCUCCAGGCAAAGAAAUGCAUGGUAUACACUGUAACUCACCUUUAAAACCAGAGCACAGCCUCAGAUUUUUCAUUAAAGUUGAGUUAAAUCUGCAAAUUUCGACAGGCCGAUCGCUGACUCGGCUUUCUUUUUCAGUUUUGCCACCAGUAUUGAUCUUCUCAUACAAAUUCAUUAGAGAAUUUGGUUAAAAAUCGCAAUAUUUUCUGGCUCUGCAGUCAUGUUCGGCUUUUACCACCCACACAUGGCAAUACAGGAAGACAAAUUUUACUGCAGAGAUGUAAAAAUGUCCAUUUUCCAGCCUCAGCAGACCAGAAUGUGCAUGACUCUCGGUUCACAUUACAGUCACUAAUCAUCCUGCUUGCCAAAUGUAGCAUGUUCAGGCACUUUCCAAGAGAUUUUUGUGAAAUCACUUUGGGAAAUGGAUGGUGUUUGGCAGGUGGAGGGGAAGUUGCUACAGCAGCAAAUGCUUAAUAACUUCUGGGGGGUGUUGAACAUCACAUUUGGAUGAUGUAUAAGCAACUGAAAGAGACCCACUUACAGCAUAAACUCUAACUGAAAAAUGACAAAGUACAAAUUCUGACUGGCUUCAUCCCUGACACCGUGUCCUUGGAAGACAAUACACUGCUUUGUUCCAAUACAGAGUAACAACCUCGUCUCCGAAAGGGGAGAGCGAUUAACCUAAUAAUCCUGACGAACAGAGGAAGCAGAUAGUGAUAAUUAGCUUCUCGAUAAGAGCAGAGAGCAUUUAAGGGUUCAGAUAUUUGGUUAAUUAAUUUGCCCUGAUGGUACCAAAAUGCCCUGAAAACUCUGGGGCGAGACGUCGAGCCGCUUCAUCUCAAAUCUUGAUUUUAAGCCGUUAACUUUUUUACCGUUACACAAACCGAUUAAGAAAUGCUGCUUCCUUUAUCUGCUUCUCUGUUGCCGAUGGCGACAGCUGCUGAUCAGACUUUUCAUCUUUUUCUGCAUUCCUCUCCCUCAGGUCACAUGGGAGGUACUUUUCUCGCCUUCAUUUUCUCCCACCUUUCCCCCCGGUUUGUAUAUCCCAAGCAUUUGAGUAAUAAUCAUAGUUUGCAUGUGUGUGUUGUCCUAUUGUCGCCUGAGGCAAAAGGUUUUAUAGCGGUUUUAAUUGGCCACAACAUUUGCAUACAGCAUUUGUUGCCAUUUUGAAGAUGUAACUGUGUCAGUGAUGUAAAACGGGAAUGUAAAAGAGUUCAACUCUGCCUUCUGUCACACAACAUCUGCAGAAGAGCAGCGGCGAUACAGAAUCUGCUGCUAACCUUAGCAAAAACCCUCUACAAACAAAGCUAUGACUUUGACACCUGUCAUUUCCAGGAAUUGAUAGAUUGGCUUGUCUAAAUCUUUAUUUUUUUACCUCUCGCCUCCUCGUAGGUAUGAUCCUCUUCAUGUUAAUCAAAACUGUGAGGUUUAAAGCAGCCUCAGUAGUCCCCAGCUUUCCUCACUUUCUUCAGCAAACUGGACAAGUGAAGAGUUAUUGCCUUGUCUCUUUAAGUUAACACAGAAACAAGAGCUAUCUCCUGAUAGUCAUUACUCCUGGGUAGCUGUUAUCAAAAGUGAGUAAAAGAAAGGACUAGAAAAGAUAUUGAGUUGAUUGAAAUGUGAAAUUUCCCCUGACGUAGCUGGGCUGAGUGGUUGAGAGACCUUUCUGCACAAACUUACUGUAUGACUCAGUUCUUAAAGUAAUCUUAAUCUGAUUUAUUUGUAGUUUUCCAGCUCUGAGAAUGACAGGACUCUUUGCUAGGUAUGUCUGAAUCUUGGUUUUGGCUGUCAGAUCUCGAAAAGCUAACUGCCAUUUGUCUGUGUGAAACGGCAGCCAGCACUCCAAUAAGAAAGUCUUGAUGAGUGUGACGCUCGGCUCUUCCAGGUAACACCACAUCCGUCACUGCAAAUCAGUCCUGAGAGCAGACUGACAGGUACCGAAUACCCUACUGGCCAGAUUGAUAUCCAGCCACCAGCGAGCUGCUCUUAUCCCUGCAGUAGCAAAGAAAAAACUCGAUUUCAUGAUCUCAAUUCAAAGUUCAAGCUCAGACCAUUUCCUCUUAAUCAGAGAAUAGCAAAUGGUCAGCGUGUCACAUGAAUAAAAUCUAAUCAGACGGCUCAGUGGAGGAAACAGAGGCCCUGACCUCUCAUCUCAUUGAGAGGCUACUUGUGAGUGGUUUUUGUGUUUCAUAAUUUCACAGUUAAAAAGUCAGAAUAAAACAUGUCAAUGGCUACUUAUUAAUUGGCGUUGUGAAGGAGUUACAGUGAAAAGAGUUGCCCAGUACACCCGUCCACCGGGCUUUCCAUCCGCACACUUAAAGCUUAAUUUGGCUUUGUGAAUGAUGAUAUGUUUACAUGCAUACUUAUUAUCAGUUUGAACCUGAUUAAACCUUUGAUUCAGCUGUAGCAGUAAUCAAAUAAAGGCUUCCAUUAGGCUAAUAUUAUGCAGUGACACUAACUUAGCUAUUAAGGCAUGAAAAAUAUGUCUGCUAGGACCUGAUAAAUCUGCUUUAUCUGUAAACUUAAAGCCAGAGUUAGUUAACACUGUUACAUGCACAGUUGAGUGGAGACACAGUUUUACAGCAGUGGAUUUUUUUAUUAUUAUGCGCAUUAUGCUCAACACCAUCACAUUUUGAACUGUGUGAGAAAAUGUUCAAGACGUUCUGCCACUUCUUUCUCUGUGGGGAUCUUCAUACAUUAACUUUAGUUAAAUUUAGUGCACAAAUGUUGCUUUUAAGGCCCUUGAAUUGCAGCGAAUUGACAUUCUGAAAAAGCCAGUAUUCUCAGUGGGCUGAUUUUCAGUCCCAAUUUCUGACACAUUUAGCUGACGGAAAAAAAAAAAAAUCAGCUAUAAUGAUUUAUACUUACACUCUUUUACAAAUGGGUCUUUGAAGUAUGUGUAUCACACCUACCUCCUUUUAAGUCUACAUACAUGCAUGCAUUUUAAACGGGGCAGGUUGAGACCGAGAUACUACAUUCAGGUUUUUUCUAGUCAUGUAAGUGUGCUCAAACAAACAGCAACAACAAAACAAUUUAAUAGUUUUCUGAAAUUUAAGGGGACUGUGUGGCUUGUUUGCUGCUCAAGCUAACAAGUUAAACUGCUAACUGCUAAAGGCACUCAGGAGCAGCCUUUUCAACCUUUGCAAGUGUUAGCGGGCUAAAGCUAAGGACUGUGUAGCAGUUUAGCUAGAGUAGCUAACAAGCUACACAACAACUUUUCAACCUUGGCUAGCUUAAGUUGGCUAAAGGUAACUACUUAGUGUGUAAGCAUGUUAGCUCACGCAGCUAACAAGCUACACAGCAAACUACUAAGUGCCAGCAGUUUAUUCAACCUUAGCUAGCUUUAGCCGGUUACAGCUAAAGACUGCAUUGAUUGUUAUUUUGAGCAGCUAACAAGAUGCACAGCUGCCUGCUGAGUAUCUUUUAGCACUUAGCUAGCCAUUUCAGUCUUAAGAGCCAUUUUUGCUCUCUUAUGUUUGUAAAUAGCCACAUCCGUUUCAAACGUUGUCAUGCGUAGUCGUCCUCAUACUUACAUGCAUGUUUUGCAUUGCCAUGGUUGUUAAGUCAGUUUCUCCACUGCAAUAUGUUGUCAGUUUUUGACACCGUUUAGCAGCGGUAAUGCAUUGCUAUAAAGUUGUUUCCAACCGUCCAACACACCCUAAACAUUCACAUUUAGUCUUUCUUCAAAAGCUAGUACAUUUUAUAGUUGUUGUGCUCAUCUUAUUCUUCUUCUGCUUUUUUUCCUUGCUGAUCCUCUUCUACUUCUCUGGUUUGUUUCUUUCGUUGGUUGCAUCCAUCUAUUCUGCUCAGCACUGGCCCUGCGAUUUCUGGUGUUGCUCUGUCUUCUGCAUCAAGCAACGGAAAGCUAAGUUGAAAACGGCCCAAAUUAUGUGCAUAAACCAAGCAGGGGACGGAUGAAACUGUUUGUUCGUCUGCAUAUCCGUCUUCUGUGUUGAGCAUAAAUAGCCCUUUAGCUAGCUAUCUGGCUAAAGCUAAGGUUUGACAUAAAACAAACUAGCCAGGGUAAUACAAAGCUUUGUCCGUUCAUGUGUCCAUUUCCCCUCUAUUUAUUCUUUUUAAUAUACUGAGUUUUCAGGCCCCUAUAUUCCAGGUUCUUCCCUACUCUUUGCUAAAGUUUCCUGACAUUACUUUCAUUUGUAGCCAGAUUGACUUCAGUUCCAUCUUUCAGUUUCUUUAACUAUGAAGACAGAUCAGUGUGAUCCGAUUCACUUCUAUAAAUCUGUGAGAGACGCCAUGAGGGAAAUGACAUAAAUCAAAGCGAUGUAUGCAACAGUCACAACAUGGUAGCAAGUGAUGUUGAUGAAAGAAGAAAAUGUAUUCAUAGCCCUCUGGGUAAACUAACCAGGGUUUGGAACAGAAAUAUAAGAAUUCUGAUGCUGGGAGGCAAAUUGAAUAUCUCAUUUAAUAGUCUAAAGGCCCAAACUGAACUGAUGACUCAGAGUAGCAGAGCACUGUUUGCAUGUAAACAUACCCAAUUCUUGUCUUUGACUUAAAGUCAAAAGUUUGCUGUAUUUUGUGAGCAGCUCCAUUUAAAGCUUGUUUUGUCUACUGAAAAAAUGCACACCCAUUCAAUAAGUCUGAUUGAAAAAAAAACUCAAGCUAAACAUGUGGUAGAUAUAUUUUAUUGAUUAAACUUUACCUUGACAGGUCACUGAAGAGUAAUUCCUGCAAUGUAGAAAUAGAUGGCUUGGCAUUUUAGUAUUUUUCACCCCAUUUACCUUAGCUGCCUUCUCUUGCUUGUGCUCAAUUAAGUGUAUGUUCCAGAUAUACCUGGUUUUUCAGCCUUGUUUCAGUUGCCUCUAUCCAUCAGAGCCAGACACACAUUAUUACUUGUUCUGGCUCAUAUUAAGCUGAAACACCUGCCCAGACCUUUGUUUGGCCUUAAUAGGUCGAGACUGAAUUAUCAAAUAUGACCUUUCAUCGACCGUGUUCGAGUUGCACAUCCCAAGAGGGAUGUGGACAAAAGCCAUGCUUGUGACAGAUGCCGCCAGGUGCGGCAGCAAAUGUUCGUUCUCUGAAACUAUGAAUAUUAUUCCUAAUUCUUUCUGUGUGUGCAUCCAAGGUCACCAUCUGUUGUCCUUUUUUUCCUCUGUAACAAUAAAAACUGAAUGAAUAGGAGACGUAGAAGACCAAUUUGUCCCCAAGAACACAGCCAGUGCUGCAUUUAGAAAAUGCACAUGGAUUUCUGAGGUUAUUAAGUCCAUUGCCCAAAUGCGCUUCCCCCACCUUCACUCGACUGCAUACGGCAGCCCUGUGCUUGUGAUUAUUGUUCUGUCUAGCUAUUGACACUCAAUUACUCUGUGAUCUUCCUCGAGCAGAAGCCAUUUAGUCUGUAAAUUUCUGUUUCUACAGCGUUGAAUGCUGCAACUCAAUUGGCCGAGUAAACCAGCCUCGUGUCUCAGGCAUGGAGGGUGCAAGAUAAUUUGAUAUUGUACGUUUUACAAUCAGUGUCUGCUGAUGAAAGAAAUAUAUCAGAUUUUUGGCAUUCUUAUCUGAUCUGGGUGUAAAAGCAAGCUUACAUACACAACAGAAAGUUGUCGUGACAUUUUAAGUUAACUGAAACUGCAGUUUGGCCCAGUACAAUGCAGCAACAACGAGAGCCAGGGUGCAUCCAGUGGUUUCGUUUUAUAAGACAUGAGGGUUACAUUUUCUGAAUGCUGACCAGAAUAAAAACGAACUAACCAGAAUAAAAACGUAUGAAUCAUAUAUAAAAAUCAUGGGAGACUAUUUGAUUGAGACUUGGGAGUAUUUUCAUGUAGGUGGUCUCUUUCUGGUGCUCAUUGUUGGCUGAUCUCUAAAUGAUCCACAAAACCAAGUGAAGGGAUUUGGAUGGUACAAAUCCCAACAAAUUUCUGGUAAAAUGUUCCACUCACAGCAUUGCAUUACUGUAAAAAAGGCCUUUUCCUUCUCAGCUUCCUGCCAGCCCAUUUAAGACCAUUCACAGCAUUUUUUUUAAUAAGGGGGGAAGAGAAUAUUUAUGACUAGCCAUCUUUUAAACACUGGAUUAAACUAUUUCUCGAUGGCUAUUGACACAGUCUACAUUAAGAUGAUGGAUUAAUUGGUUUGUGUAAACACAUUUUGACAAGUUUUCACUGGAGUAUUUAAAGAUGCAUGUAUGGGUGCUUCAAAUAAGGCAAAGUAGCUUUACAUUCCACUUAUCCAACACACCUACAUUCAGAUGUAAAUGAUUUCUCUGCAGGCCCAAGCAUUUGUAUAAAGCAGAGAUUUUUAAAGUGAAUUGCUCUAAGUUGUGUUCAGCUGUGCCACCCAUACUAAAAACUUUAUGUGCAACAAAGCAAAACUGCUUGACGGAGAUGAGGUCUUCGCGACUACCAUAAUGAAGCAGCCAAGCCUGACCUCUUUUCCAUCCUUUUCUUUCUUUUCUUUUUUUCUUGUUUUUUUUGUAAUUGUUCAGGAUUCGUUGCCAUGUUUGUUUUUGUGUUUUCUUACAGCCUGGGCAAUAACACAAUCAUGGCAUUGUCCUGGUGGCCAUGAAUCCAUUUUUACAUCUCUCAGAACUGUCUCUGCUCAUGCGAGUUAAAGGUUUUGCAGACCUCCAGGCUUUGAAAAUUCAUUAUUGUUGCAUUUAUGUGAAAUCUCGCACUGGGCUGGGCCUAAUCAACUGUUUUUACUGUGCGUCAAGAGUAGUAUUUCUGUAUACAGUUUGUGAAAAUGUUUUUAUUUCUCUUGAUUAUUAUGAUGGGUUUUGACCUGUGGAUAAAAGCAAAGGAAAAGCUAAAAAAAAUAAAAAUAAAAAUAAAAAAAAUAAA